UUCAAAAGAGCGGCGCCGGCUUUAGCACUUAGAGGCACAAGUCACAAGAGCGGUUGAGAUUUCUUUGAGUUGAGCUUCUUUUAAAUUAAAGAUUUUAAAAUAUGAUGAGUUAAAGAAUAGUGCUCUGUGCUAGUGAUGAUUAGUGUUAUUUAUUUGGUGCUAAACACCCCUUAUGUUGAGACAGUCCUGUCCCAAAAGUGCUAAAAUAUAACGCCGAUAGAAGCAGCCAUGGCAAAGUGGAAGUUAUCCCGUCAAACAUUUGGAAAUGAUGUUUAUGAAUUCUCUGAAGGUGAAAAAAUCACAAUUGGGAGAGGAACAAACAAUAAGAUAACACUAUCAAGUAUAGUUAUAUCCAGAAACCACUGCGUAAUAGAUGCUAAAAGAGAUGAAGUGUCAAUCACUGAUUUGAAGAGUUCAAAUGGUAUCUAUAUUGGAUCAGAGAAAAUACCAGCAGAUAUUCCUCAUAUCCUGACUGAAAAUGAUGUUAUUGGUUUUGGAUGGACUGAUGGAGCUUCACAUAAAGCAAUCAGUGAUGAUGACAAGUAUGUUUUUAAACUAGAGAAAUGUUUACCGUCUAUCACAGAUAGACUAAAAUUUCAAGACAAUCUAUUAGAUGAUAUAGAAGCAGAAAUUGCAUCAUUUGAUGCAAUAAAAACCAGCCCUGAACAAAAAGUGCCAUCACCUGUAUUCAAACCAAAGUUACAAUUAAAACGAAAGUUAAAUCUUAAGUUUGAAAGUGAUGAAAUCAGUAAAGAAGAAUUAAACAUAGAUGUUACAAAGGUAAAAGUUUAUGAAGAUAUAAUUAGUAUCAUAUCUGACAGUGAAAACGAAACCAAUGUACAAAAAGAAUGUGCCGUUAAGAAAAUAAAGUUGGAACCGGAUGCAGUAAUAAAGCUUGAAGAUGAAACGAAAAAGUCGAAAAAGUGUGAAAAUGAAGACUUUCAGUAUGAAGCAUUCAAUGUGAAGCAAGAACACUUUGGUUAUAAUGAAGAACCAAUCGAAAUUAACAGUGACAGUGAUAGUGAAUCAGAACACUGGUUCAGAAAGUUAUCUCAAAGUUCACCAGGCAAACCAUUGAAAAAUGAUAUGAGUGAAAUAAAAGGAGAUUCUCAACCUCAAGAUGGUUCCUACAGUCAGUUAGAUGAUGUAUUCGAAAUUAUAGAUGAUGAAGAUGAAGAGGAAGACUUUUUAGAUGAUUUAAUAUCAAUUCCUUUAGAGCCACCAGGAAAUUACCCUUACAAUAAAGAAAAUUCUGAUUUACUACCAAAAGAAACACUUCCAGUUCCUGUAGAAAAGCCUAUAGAACUGGAAAAUGUCAUUCCUAAUAGUAAUUUUAUAACAGAAAAAGAAAAAAAAGAUACACCUGAAGCAAUAUUAAAAAAUGUUUGCACUGAAAAUAGUUCUACAAAAGAAGUUGAACUUAUUCUUUCUCCCGUGGAAGAUAUUAGUUCUAGCACUGAUCAUACAGAAAAUUUUAUCGGAUCAGUAUCUCCUUUACAACAAAACAAUAAUAAAAUAUCAAAAAUGGCUCAAAUGAUUGAACCACUUUGUAAAACAACAAAAAGGAAAUCUGUGUCUCAGAACAAAGAUAUGUCAGAAAGUAAAUCAAAAUCUCAUAAGUCAACCACAACAAAAAAACAUUUAUCACCCAAAAGAAAAAUAACCAACUCACAAAAAGAAGAACGAAAGAAGAAACUCAAAGAGAUUGCUUGUAAGGAUAAGGAUAUCGAUGAAACUAGUAAAGAUUUAGCAAAUAGUACAAACAAGUCUGUUGUCAAUGUAAAAAUUACUACAGCUAAUCGAGGAGCUUUCCUUACUGAUGCUAGGCAGGCUACUGUCAAGCCUAUUAAAAGAAAAUAUAUCAUACAAUCAUCAAAAUAUGAAUCAAAAAUUAUAUUAGUAAAAUCCAACACUAACAAUAAAAAUGAUAAGCUCAUCCCAUACGAAAUAAAAAAGACUAGAAAGACAUGUGAACAAAAAGAAACUGAGGGUAAGUGCCACUCAGACUUGCAUAAAUUACGAGUUGUUGAUACUGAUACUAAAAUUCCUUUCAAAAGCUUGAAACCAAUAACAGAAAGUAAAGAAUCUUGUUUGGGAAAGCCUGUAUCGAAAGUUGAACCUCAACCACCCAAAAAACCAAAAAAGACAGUCCGAUUCUCUGUUUCUGCACCUGAGGUGCACGAAUUUGAAAUUGAGCCUGGCAACCAAUUGAAGAAAACAAGGUCAAUAAAAACAUCAUUAUUGGAUGGACAAAAAAUGCAUAUAUUUUCAUUGGAAAAGACAACACUAAUAACAAUCCUUCGCUGGAACCCUCAUUGGUUGGAUGAACAAAUGAACAUUUCUGAACCACCGCCAAUUUUAAGUCAUAAGAAUCCACCUAUGGCUAUUUUUCAUUCAUUUAACAGCCACAAAGAUUAUGUUGGAGUUUUUGGAGACUUACUUCUGAUGGAAAUUUGGGAAUGCAUUACACAAGCAUUUAAUCGUACACGCAAUCAAUAUAAAGAGUUGCAAUUUAGAAUAGAAUCAUGUCCAAUGGAACCACCUGCACAAGAUAGAAACAUUCAUUUAACAAAUAUGGCUGUUAUCUUGUCAUUGCCAACAUCUGAAAUUAAACGUGCACCUCGAGUCGGAGAGAUAAUGGUGAUAGAAUUUGGGCCUGAAAAGGCAAAGUGUAGCAGAUUCGUCUAUGUACACAACUGCAAACAACUUCAAUCACCUCCAAACAAUAUAAAUUCAUUCUUUAGUAUAUCGCUGAACGCAAUAUACACAGAUAAGAUGAAGGUUCUGGACCCCGGCGAAGUUAUCACCGGCCGAACUUUGGCGUAUAUAAAGAAUGAAUUGAUGUUAUUCGAAGCAAUGGAAUACUUGGCUGGGUCUCCGCUAAGUAGAGCCAUUUUGAAGCCUGACCCUCAGCAAUAUCCCAGAAUUGAACUCAACAACAAAAUUAAUCUGAACUCGCAGUGGACGAUGGAAUUGAACCCUAGCCAGAAGCUGGCUGUCAGUAACUCAGUGUCAGCCGCGCUGGGCGACCGGCCCGCCAUACAGAUGGUGCAGGGGCCUCCGGGCACAGGCAAAUCAAGCGUUAUUUGUGCCAUAGUAAUGACACUUUUCUACGACGCUUCGGGCAAGAAACAACAGAAUAGGGGCAAAGUCCUAAUAUGUGCCACGAGCAACGCCGCCGUCGACGGACUGGUUAUCAAGCUGCUCAAUAUCAGACAAAGCCUGCCGAAAUCGGAGCGGUUCCGCAUGGUGCGCGUGGGGCGACUGGAGUCGAUGCACAAGGCGGCGGCGGACGUCAGCUCGCAUCGCCUCGCGCAGCGCGACGCCGGGCGCGCGCACGGCGACAGCGCGUACCCCGGCCUCGACGAGGAGAUUUCCAACUUAGAAGCAAAAAUAAACAUGUGGAAGACUUUAAAGCGAGAAGCAAAGAAUUCUGAGCGAGCCGCCUACUGCCAGGGCCGGGUGAACCAUUUUCAAGAUAGGCUCAUGCUGCUGCGCAACGGCGGCGGCCCGGUGGCGGGCGAGCGCCUCGUGCAGGCCGAGCGGCGCACCAUCGAGGGCGCCGACAUCAUCGUCACCACGCUGGCCAGCGCGCACAGCUACAAGAUGAGGGGGCUAAAGGGUCGCAUCGCGCUGUGCAUCGUGGACGAGGCGGGGCAGGCCAUCGAGCCGGAGACGCUGAUCCCGCUCACGCUCGACGUGACGCGCCUCACGCUCAUCGGCGACCCGCAGCAGCUGCCGGGGUACUUAUGCUCGCAGCGCGCCAAGAAGCACGGUCUCGGCGAGAGCCUGUUCUCGCGGCUGACGUCGUGCUCGGAGCUGUGGGACGAGUCGCCCGUGGUGCUGCUGGACCAGCAGUACCGCAUGCACGCCGCCAUCGCGGAGUACCCCAACCGCGCAUUCUACGACGGCCGCGUGCGCUCCGAGCCGCCACCCUCCGCUGGCCUCGCGGGCCCGCCCUACAUGGUCCUCGGCAUUUCCAGCGGAGACAAAGGACAAGGAGCUUCGGGCGCGAAUGAGAUGGAGGCGUGGGGCGUGGCGCGGCUGGCGGCAGCGCUGGCGCGGCAGGCGCGCGCGCGGCACCUCUCGCUCGCCGUCAUCACGCCCUACAGCGCGCACCGCGACCUGCUGCGCGACUACCUGCGCCACUUGCACGCGCCGUCGGAGCCGCGCGUGGAGGUGAACACGGUGGACAGCUUCCAGGGGCAGGAGCGCGACGUGGUGGUGGUGUCGCUCGCGCGCAGCCACGGCGUGGGCUUCCUCACCGACGCGGGCCGCAUGAACGUCAUGCUGACGCGCGCGCGGCAGCAGCUCUUCGUCUGCCUCAACCCGAUGGCCUUCGUCAAAAAUAACCAAUGGCAAACAUUAGUCGACGAUGCUCGAAGGAGAAAUCUUUAUCGAACACUCCCAAACAAAUUCUGCCAACCGGCAUCAAAUGGUUCCGUGUCAUCCGAUGAUAUUCUCAACUAUAUAAUAAAUCCAAAUUCAAAAUGAAAACUUAUCAAAGAUAAUGUUUAAAUAUAAUUGUCUAGGAGCAGUCAAUUUUUAUAUUUAACCAAAGCAGCUUUACUUAGUGUGUAGUGAUUUUUCAAUGGUAAAUGUAAUAGGUAGUGUUUGACUGAACCUUCGGCUUCGGCUAAAAUGAGUCGGAGACUUAGCUGAAGCCGCGCAUAGGGGGCGGAUGUCACACUGUGUUACGCCGGUCGGCCGCCAGUAGAAACUAAGUUCAACUUUAAAUUUUUUCACUUUUAGCCAAUCUUGAACUGAAUUUCUUAGGUUUAUUGAUAAACCUUCAGCUUCGGUCUAAAGUUGUAUCGAAAGCCGAUUCAUCCGCUUCGGAUUCGGCCGGAAAUCAACCUUCGGUCCGACACUAACAUGCUUUUUUAUACAUCCAUCAUUGCUGUACACUAAAACGAUUACCUGAUAAACAUUAAUAACUAACCUGAGAAAAGAAUUUAAUAAUAGACUACUACAAGUUUAUCAAAAUGACCCAGCGUCGACCAAAAUAAUUUAUUUAUUGUCUAAUAUAAGAUAAAUAUGCAUUUUGUUUUACAUAAAGGAUAAACUAAUCACCAAGCUUGAGCCGAACAAAAGAUUCACACAUGAUUUUGUUUCUAAAUAACUUCAUUAUACAAAUAUGUGCUAAUAUCCUAGAAUUUUUCAAUAUGGAUCUAUUUAAUUUAUUAUUCAACAAUUUACGAGUUAGGAGAACGAAACACCAAGAAACCUCAAUGACUUAUGAUAUUUUCAACGAGGUAUCAACUUUUAUUUUUGUGCUCUUCAACUUUACAGCUGUAAUAGUUUCUUUUUAAAAUAGCUGUAACACAUGGACUGGGUGAAAAACCAAAUGCAUAUAUUUUGUGACCUAUUUACAUCCAAUAUAAUAUUAUAUAAAUCCUUUUGAUCGAUCCUGGGUCUUUUUUCUAUUUUACAUAUUAAAUAACGAAAAUUCUCUCUUUGUACAGUAUAUAAUUCAGUUAAGGUGCAUUUUAUUAAUUAAUAUUGUAUAGGUACUUAUUUUAAAAACGCAUAAAAUAUGUAAUGCAAGAGUUAUUUUUUUAGUUAAAAACGUAAUUAUAUUAAGUACGUUUGUGAUAAUAUUAUGUAAGGAAUUAAAUCUUCGUUAUAAUUUUUAUAUUCCCCACACUAAGUUACAAUUAAUGUGCUUUUUGAUUGUUUUGAAAUUUCCAACUAUGUUAAAAAAAUAUUAUGUUGCAACGUAAAACAUUUGAUUUUAUUGACAUUUUACUGAUCAUUACCGUUGAUUUCAAACGAGUUCAUUAUUGGACGUAGGCAGUAUUAAUAAGAUAUCGAUACCUCAGUUCCAAAGUGUAACAAGUAUGAAAUUCAGUGAGUUUAGAGAAGUAUGAUGGUUGUUUUCUUGCAAAGUUACUGAAACGGUUUUAUUAAUCCAUACAAAAGUGGGACAUCAACAUGGAAUGAUUAUUUUUGUUGAUGAAUAAUAAUCAUUUAAUUCAUUAGGGAAGGCCUAUAUCCAACAGUGGAUAUCCAAAGCGACCACAAGCUGGCGAUGAUGAUUCGAAAUGAUAUUAGAGCCCAUAUUUAGUUGGCAAUUUCUUAAAAAUCGAUUACUUCCAGCAUUUUAAAAUACUUUUGUGUAUCAUCAAUUCUUGAUUCGUAUAUAAUUAUUAUUUUUAAUGCAAUGAACAAGCAGUAAAUAAUCAAUAUGCAAUCGUCAAUUUCAUCCGAACGUUUUAAUGUUAGGAAGAGUCUAGACACUACUAGUGGUUGCUUAAUAAAAGGCAACACCCUGCCAAUAGACGUGGUUAGUUAAGAAAAAGUUAUACUGUGCUGCAAAUUGACUUUUUUUUCUUAGCGCAAACUGUGGUUUAGUAUGCCGUUAUCGGUAUUUUAGCUGACUGGACAACAUGGUUUUUAAAUGGGCCACGUAUGAACUCGCACGGUCGUCCCUUCAUUCAGUUUCACCUACUCGAACUUCGUUCAAGUCCUUGUCGAAAUUCUCGCUUCGCGCUUUACAAAAAUACUCUGGGGUAUGGCAGAAGUCGUCGGGGUAGUCAUAUUUCGUUUUGGCCUAUUUAGUUGAUGACGUACGCCGGCUACCAAAAGCAUACUAGACACUUCCACAUUGAAUCUUAUAUCAAUUUGCGCAAGGAACAGAUUUUAUUAGCAAUCAUGCGGUAGGAUUUUAUUAUUGCUGAACUCACCACUAGGGGCAGGAUAUUGCUUUUAAUUAUGUGGCCGUCUAGACACUUUCUAAAUGUUAUUGUUUUGUUUAAGAAUAUUCUUAAUGUAGUAAAAAAAUGUAUUAUUAA